AUGUCAAAUCCAUGGACAAAUCUAUUGGGGACCAAAUUGAGUGCCGAAUCUCUCAGCAGCCGCGGACUCGAUCUUCAAUGGGCAACCAGAGUUGACCUCAAGGAUUGUACCAUUUAUAACUUUUACAAAGAUGGAUUUAGCAUUGUCUUAAUUGACGAUCAAAUCGAUAGCAUUGACUUCUUUUUGAGAAAUCGUUCGUUCACACCGUGCAAGUUGCCUCUUCCAGGAGGAAUCUCUCCAGAAGACACAGGGUCACAGCUUGUGGAAAAGCUCGGGGAGCCAAUGGAAAAGGGAGGCGGAAACUCUACGGGAAUAGAUAUCUGGCUACGCUGGAAAGGUAUCCAGGUGGAACUCGGAGAUAGAAGUUGGGAUACAGCUAAAGAUGCACCUAUAAAAUCGAUCACCAUAUUCAAGUGA